AUGGAGGAAAAGCAGAGCUGUCCGGGCUCCAGCUUCACCCCAGACCCAGGGGGGGCAGAAACAGCACAACAAGCCCCAUGUGACCCAAACCCAGAGCUGGUUGUCAGCAGACAGCUGAGUGAGCAGAGCCGGUUUGCGUUUGCCGCCCUGUGUGGCGUCUCCUUGGGUCAGUUGUUUACUGGAUCUGAAAACAGUGUGUUCAGGGAGCAGUACCUGCAGGCUCUGGUCCGCUGGCUGGACCUGGAUGAGUCCGUGAUGCCGGUCAUGGGUGCUUUCCUGUCGGGCUUGGGCUUCGAGGGCUCGGACACCUUCCUGUCCAUCCUGCAGGCGGAUCCCCUGCUGGCUGUAGGGGCCACCCCCAUCAUACAGGAUCUGGUGUCCUUUUCUGUCAAAGACGGCCAGUAUGAUGCCAGAGCGAGGGUUCUCAUCCGUCAUGUCAGCUGUCUGCUGCGAGUCUCUCCCGAGCAGCUGGAGGACUUUGAGGAGUCGCUGGGAGAGAGUCUGAGGGAAGGAGGAGAGGAGAGCGAAGAGGAGUCCUCGAGGCGGCUGAGGAGAGAACGAGGGCGGAAGUUACGGCGUUACCUCCUCAUUGGACUGGCUACUGUGGGUGGAGGAACCAUGAUUGGUGUGACAGGUGGGCUGGCUGCUCCGUUGCUGGCAGCUGGAGCCGGUGCUGUGCUGGGGGCUGGAGGUGCUGCUGCUCUGGGCUCAGCUACUGGCAUCGCUAUCAUGGCCUCUCUGUUUGGAGCAGCAGGGGCUGGACUGACCGGCUAUAAGAUGAACAAGUGCAUUGGGGCGAUAGAGGAAUUUGAAUUCCUGCCACUGAGUUCUGGGAAGCAUCUUCACCUGACCAUCGCAGUGACUGGCUGGCUCUGUAGUGGCAAAUACAGUUCGUUCCAGGCCCCCUGGUGCAGUUUGGGCGAGUGCGGUGAACAGUACUGCCUGGUGUGGGAGUCACGUUUUCUCAGGGAUCUGGGAUCAGCGAUGGCCUCUCUGUUGGACGGCUUGGUCAGCAUGGUGGCCCAGGAAGCCCUCAAAUACACAGUGCUGUCAGGUAUUGUGACGGCUCUGACGUGGCCUGCGUCUCUGCUGGCAGCGGCCAGCGUCAUCGACCACCCCUGGUGUGUUUGUCUGAACCGCUCAGCUGAAGUGGGGAAACACCUGGCGCAGGUUCUGAGAAGCAGGCAGCAGGGGAAGCGGCCCGUCAGCCUCAUAGGCUUCAGUCUCGGAGCCCGAGUGAUCUACUACUGUCUCCAGGAGCUGGCCAGUGACCAAGGCAGUGAAGGAGUCGUGGAGGAUGUGAUCCUCCUGGGGGCCCCAGUGGAUGGAUCUGAGAAGGCCUGGCAGAGAAUGACAAGGGUUGUGGCUGGGAAAAUAGUCAACGGAUACUGCAGAGGGGACUGGCUCCUCGGGUUCUUGUACCGAAGCUCAGCUGCACAACUGUCUGUUGCUGGGCUACAACCAAUCAACAUCCAGGAUCGGCGCAUAAUCAAUGUGGAUCUUUCCUCCGUGGUGAAGGGUCACCUGGACUACAUGCGUCAGAUGGAAACCAUCCUGGUCGCAGUAGGAGUUCCCACCAAAGAAGUCCCAGGAGCCUCCUUUGCUCUUCCUCAGUCCGUAGCGGUUACAGAUGGGACAGCGGACAUCGUCGACCAAACAGCUAACGAGCAACACGUGACCAACACACAGAACCCGGCUGAGGAGACGGAGACUGGUACUCAGGAGAGCCGGGAUGUGACAGAGGAGCUGGAGGAGACGGGUGAUGGGUGGGAUAUCCCUGAUAUUUCAGACCUGCUGGGCUCAUCACAUGAUGCAGAAUCAAACGGUCACAUCGCAGUCCCAAACAGUUCAUCACCUACCUCUGAGGACAAUAACGCAGCAGCAUCUGAUUUUAACUGUGACAGCACAGAGGAGGCUAAUGUGGAUGACGAACACGUAUCGUGGAGCUGGGACGACACACACUGGACCACAGAGCACUCACACAAGUAAAGGCGGCCAAACUUGUAAAGAGCAUGUUACAGGACCAGCUGCUUCCUUGUAAACUCUCAUCUUCUCAAGUUUUUUUUUUUUUUGUUGCAGCAUCAGAGCUUUGUUGGAGAAAAUACUCCUUCCAUCCUCAGCACGCCGACAUGCCAGAGACUGCACGAGACUCAAUGCACACGUAUGGCAGCGCCUAGCAACAGGCCCCAGAGCUAGCCGCUUGGUUUAGUUGCUAAAAGGAGAUUUUAGAUUUAUUAAUUCAGUAACUGGAGAAUUUUGUGACCCACUUUGUUUUUACUGUGAAUGUGGUCAGAUUCUAUUUUCUUAACUUGCUAUGAAGUUAAAUAGCUGCAAAUGAUCCAAGUGAAUGAUGCAAACUAGGCGACAACUCUG